UUACCAUUCUCCUCAUCCAACUCUCACUUAAUUAAGUUUCUUACAAAUUAACAUCAAAAUGGCCUCUAAGGCUUUACUUCUUGCUUUCUUUGCGGUUACUCUUCUCAUUUCCUCUGAAGUCUCAGCUCGUCAGCUAGCUGAGUCGGCCACUGAACAGACACAGUCAGUGGAGGAGUCAAAGCAUGGUUACGGUGGCGGCGGCGGUUACGGUGGCGGCCAUGGUGGAAGCUACGGCCAUGGUGGUGGAAGCUACGGCCACGGUGGUGGAAGCUAUGGACACGGUGGUGGCGGUUAUGGUCAUGGUGGACACGGCGGUCAUUACCCACCCAAAGCAGAUGAACAGAACAAAGAUGAGAAGAGCGACGUUUCAGUAGAACCUCAACACUACGGAGGAGGUGGCUAUGGACAGGGUGGACAUGGCGGGUACGGUGGAGGUGGCUAUGGACAGGGUGGACAUGGCGGGUACGGUGGAGGUGGCUAUGGACAGGGUGGACAUGGUGGUGGCGGAUACGGUGGAGGUGGCUAUGGACACGGUGGACAUGGUGGUGGCGGGUACGGUGGAGGUGGCUAUGGACACGGUGGUCAUGGUCACUACCCACCACAAACCAAGACUACUGAAGAACAAAAGGGUAACUAAUUAAGCAGUACUUAGUUCUCAAAUAAAAUGUGUGUGAAUGUCCAUCGUUACCACUUACCACUGCAUUUAUAUUCAGCAAGAAAUUAAAGAGGACAAUACUAGGAUGAUAGAAACGUUGCAAUAUACGGAGUAUAUGUCAAUAUUGAUCCUAUAACGUUUCUCUAUCUUUGUAAUCGUGUGUUAAAAUUAUGUAUUGUAAAGUUUCUCUUUGGAUCUAUAUUUAUAAAAGGUACUCAUGAGCGCCUUAUCAUGAGGCAGCUGUGAAGAGAAAGUAA